AGUUUACACAGAAACGCCCCCAGCAGCCCUGCUCAGGUAAACUAGCAGAUGUAAGCUGCAACAAUGGCGGGUCUGGAGGGAAGAUUGCGUUUUCUAAGUGGAAGUACAGACACUACUUUAUUCUCCUUGAGCAGCCCAGAAGCGGGAGUGUUGAUAAAGCUGUAAGAGAGCUGCAGCAGCAGCAGUUGAUGAACUCUGGAAAGAAGUCCAGCAGCUUGAGGAACAUCUGGUCAAAGAAACUGGAGGGAAGCAGGAGCUCAAACAGCAGCAGGACGCAGCAGAGGAAGAGACACCAGAUGAUGUUUUCCAGCCCAGAGUUCUGCUGCACAGAUUAGAUUUUAAAGAAGAGGCUCCUGAAGAACAGAGUCCUGAUAUGGACCAACAGGAGCUGGAGCUCCUCCACAUAAAGGAGGAAAGUGAAAGAAUCUGGGCCAGCCAGGAUGGAGAGCAACUGAAUGUGAAGGAGGAGACUGAUGAUACCAGGUUUCCAGUAACUGUUGUUCAUAUGACGAGUGAAGAGGAUGAAGAGAAACCUCUGUUCUCUCAGCUUCAUCAACACCAGACAGACGACAGAGAUCUUCCAAGCAGCAGCUCAACUGACCAGAUAAAAGCAGAAAUUAAAGUAGAGGACUGUGGAACAUCAGAAACCAGCAUAAACCCAGAUCUAAAUACUCAUGGAGGCUUUUCCAACUAUUCACUGACUAAAGACAGUGAAGAUGAUGAAGAGGAUGUGAAGCAUCAUGAAUCUGAGCUUAAACACUUGUCAGACUCUGAAACUGAAGACAGUGAGGAUGAUGUGAAGUAUCAUAAAUCUGAGCUUAAACACUUAUCAGACUCUGAAACUGAAGACAGUGAGGAGGAUUGGAAGGAGAGCAGGACUCCAGGGUCAGGCAGAAACACUGUCAACAAAUCUUUGAGCUGCUCUGAGUGUGGAGGAAAAUUUGCUAACAGACGCUCUCUUCAGAGUCACAUGACAUGUCAUCCAAGAUUAACGUCUUCAGAUUGUUCCGGUAAUGAGACUUGUUUCAGAGAAAAGAAAAUUAUAGAUUCAGUGACAAAUGUCCAGAAAGGUAGUAAAACGUUUAAUUGUGGUGAGUGUGGUCAAGGUUUUACCAGGAAAUAUAAUUUAAAACAACACACAAAAGUCCAUACUGGGGAGAAACCCUUUAGUUGUGAUGCAUGUGGAAAAAGAUUUGCCUACAAGUCAAAUUUAAACAUACACAUGAGAAUUCACAAAGGAGACAAAGCCUUUGGUUGUGAUGCAUGUGGAAAAAGAUUUGUGCAGAAGCAAAAGUCAUCGGACCAGGAUGGGAGCGGGAGUCAUGAAGGUCAAAAAACAGGCAAAAGUCAUAACACAGGGAGCCAGCUGGGGGAUGUUUACGACUCUGUCUACGGAGGCCAGGAGACGGCACCGAAAAGUCACGGCGACCGUGUAACUCAAUGA